AUGUAUCGACCCCCUAAUCUGUUCGGCAACAAGACCUAUGACCGCUGUCCGGGUUGUAGACAUACCAAAUGCCGACACAAGAUCUCUGACAAGGAUCUCCAAAUUGCUACCAAUACGGCAAAAGGUCUAGCUAUCAAGAACCACUAUCAAGGUGCUGAUGAUCGACGCUCUGGUGCAGCUUGGAUCCAAGAGAUCUUCAAACGGACGGUUGGCCAAAGGAAUCUUGUUCGUUACACCUUUGCCCGUCUCAAUACUAUCAAUACCGUCUGGGACGAUCUUGUACGUGACGAAACUGAUCCUGCAUUAUGCCACAAAGACUAUGAUCGUCACUGGGAUCUGCUGAUCAACAAGAUCAAUGAGUUCUACAGCGACCAAGAAGUUCUAUUGAAACUCCAGAACGACUUCAAUCAUCUACAACAAGAACCUAAGGAGACGGUCAAUCAGUUUAUCUCAAGAUUGGAUGGUUAUGCUAAUCAGCUAUGUCUACUAGGCGUCAGUAUCUUGGAUGACAUCAUCAAGCGACGAUUGUAUGAUGGACUAUUAAACGAUCGUCUUAGAGAUAAGAUGGAUCGUGAUGUUGACGAUCACCGUAUAGACUAUCCCCGCUUCAAACGACAACUGAUCAAGUAUGAUAUAAGAAGGCAAGGACGGUUAUCUAAGAAGGAAGCCGAUCCCGCUACUCUCCGGUUGUAUGGUGGACGACAUCCUGAUCAACGACGUCAAGCUACGGUGAGCAACAUCAUCAACAACGACCACUCUGAUGACUAUCAUGAUGGAUCCCCUAUUCCUUCCGGAUCAUCAACUGAUGACGAUGUCUACUAUGUCUAUGCGGUGGUUCGUGAUCAACAAUCCAUCACAUGUUAUAGGUGCCUACAGGAUGGUCAUCCUGCUAGGAAUUGUACUAAUGAUAUCGGUAAGAAGGACGAGAGAUGUAUCCGGUGUGGCAACCCUACCCAUACCAUCGACAAAUGUAACGUCUCUACGACUGCCACGUGUCANNNNGAUCGGCGCAAGUCGUAUCGCGCACGCCCGAAUAUCUGUAGAGUGAUAAGUAUCUGA